AUGAACCCUAUCAACAGAUUGGAUUCAUCCAUAGAGCAGCUAACAAGGGCUGGACUGAGUUCAGGUUCUCAGGAGCGUGUUCCUAAGAUAUCAUCUGCUGAUCUCAACUAUUCCUUCACACAAGAGGCCGAAGAGGAGGAAGGAGUCAUUUCUAUAGAGGAGAUUGAUGUUCAGGAGUGUCCUAAUUCAACUCCGACACAUCAGAGCGCGUCGUCGGUCGCGGAUUCGUCUCCCGUGGAUCAUCGCACGCGAGUUCUGUAUCCGGAGCUCAAAAGAAGACAGCGCGAUUCUCCCCAUUGGACUCAAGGAACGCACGCGGGAGUCACUCUAGACCAUAUCAGAGAGUACUUGACGUGGUUUGGAACGCUAUCUCCCUCUAACAAACAUGUUGCUGAGACCACGGUGACAAAGAUUCAAAAGUAUUUUGAAAAGACCAAAGACUGCACCGAUAAUAAGGGAACCGUGGAUAUCUCAUCGGAUAAAAGCCCGGGUUCCAUUUUUUCAGACCCCAGAUCCAAGGCGAUCAUGGAUACGCCGAUCAAAAGAGAACGCAACGCCAAUACUGGCAUCAAGCUAGAAUCCAUCCACACUAUGCCCCUGAACCAAAACACGUCGCUUGUGAACAAACCGCUUGAGGUGAAACGGAUGAUGAGCACGUCGGUUUCAAGAAAUGCAAAGUUGGAGCUUCUCACUCAGAAGGAGAAUCUGCUGAACGAUUCGAAAUCGGCGCCAGAGCUCGCUGCAAAGAAGCCAACAGAAGAAAAAAGGGUGCAAGCAAUCACCCUUAGUGAAGAACAGAACCAAGUGAUUGACUUAGCCCGGCAGGGACACAAUCUGUUCUACACAGGGUCCGCAGGUACCGGAAAGUCUCUUUUACUUCGAUCGCUAAUCAAGGCUUUGAAAGCACAGCACAGUAACGGAACCGUUGGAGUCACGGCCUCUACAGGACUCGCCGCGUGUAAUGUUGGUGGCCAAACACUUCAUUCGUUCACGGGAAUCGGAUUAGGCGAGGCCAGCGUGGAUAUUUUGGUGAGAAGAGUGAAACGCAACCCAAGAAUGAAACGCAGGUGGAAAGAGCUUGAAGUGCUGAUUAUUGAUGAGAUUUCUAUGAUUGAGGCAGAAUUGUUUGACAAACUUGAUCAAAUCGCUCGCCAGGUUCGGUCAAAUGAUAAGCCAUUUGGAGGUAUUCAGCUAGUGAUUUGUGGCGAUUUUUACCAGCUGCCACCAGUCACAAAAGGUCGCGAACCGUCUUUUGCUUUCGACUCUCAUGCGUGGAAGAGGGCAAUCAAAUACACUAUUGUGCUCACAAAAGUUUACAGACAGCAAUCUGACCGCGACUUCAUUGACAUGCUGAACGAGGUUAGAAAUGGUAAUGUUUCGUUUGCCACCACCAAGAAGUUUAGAGCUUUAUCCCGGCCAUUGGCUUCCAAGGAAGGCGUGACUCCGGCCCAAUUAUUUCCUACGCGUCGUGAGGUCGAUUCUGCAAAUAGUACGAUGCUAAGACAGCUUCCCGGUGCCGAGAUCGUUUUCAGGGCCUUUGACUCGGGAUACCUGGAAGACGAGGAACAGAAGGAGAGAUUGCUAGCCAAUUUCUUGGCACCGGAGCGUAUUGCGCUCAAGAAGAACGCUCAAGUGAUGCUGAUUAAGAAUAUGGACGAGACGUUGGUGAACGGAUCGUUGGGCAAGGUUGUGGACUUCAUCGACCCUGACACGUAUGCACAUUACCGUACGCUCGAGUCCGGAGAGUUUGACAUUGACGAGGUGCAGAGAAAGUCCGAGUCCAACAAGGCGAUGUCGGAAGACAACCAAGAGGAUAAGAAUCUGAUUGAAAAUUACAACGACAUGGACAACGAUCUUGACGAGGAUGUGUUUUCUUUUCUUAAAGAGAUGAAGCCUCGAGAAGGAGAAGAGUUCCCUGCGUCGGUCACUGAAAACAUCGAACGAAAGACACAGCUGCUUAACAGGUUGUAUCGGAACUCCAAGGACCGUCGAAUGCCGCUUGUUCGGUUCAUUCAAGCCGACGGAACCACGAGAGAAGUGCUGAUCGAGCCCGAGCAUUUCAGCAUGGAAGACGAGUUUGACAAGCCCAUUGUUGCCCGCACGCAGAUUCCACUUAUUCUUGCAUGGUCGCUGAGUAUCCACAAGUCCCAAGGGCAGACCCUGCCGUUUGUUCGGAUUAAUCUGCGGAACAUUUUUGAACGCGGCCAAGCAUAUGUUGCCCUUUCCAGAGCCACUCACAGACGCGGUCUGCAGGUGAUGAAUUUCAAUCCGUCCCGGAUCCUAACGCACGAGCGUGUUGUCAAGUUCUACGAGAGUCUACAGACGAUCGAACAGAUCAAGUCCAACGAGGAGCAGACAAAAGAGCAGCGCAAAUCGGAGUACGUGUCCGACACACAGCUGGACAAGCUAGAGAACCUUGCCGAGCUUGCUGCCGACCCCAACGAUUUUAUGCAGGGCCACAAGAACGUGGUUGACGAGUUCGACUCGAUUUGGGCGAAAAACUGA